AUGAGCACCAAAACGGAGGUAAAGCCAGUCAGCAGUAGCAGCGAGAACGUUACUGAGAACGCCAGCGGAACCGUCAACGACACAAUUAGCGAAAGCGCUAGCGUUUCUGCCAACACUGCCGCUAGUGCUCCCAAAGGGAAGUCAAAAGAAGUGAUUUUCACCCCUGCGCCACCACCAAUUUCAUCGCCUUGGAGGCCUGUGGCAAACGUCACUGCAUCGGCGAAAAACGGUGCAUCUGACAAAUGGCCCUCGACCUUACAAGCUAUCGAAAAGCUAGAAAAACGUGAGAGAGACAGUAGUGCAUUUUUGCCAAAUUUCGGUGCUUCCAGAGCCACCAGUGGCCGGGAAAAAUGGGUGCCGAUGAAAGCGUCCAUUGUCGUGUCAGGAUCUCGCAAGAACGGUGGUGAAUCUGAGCCUCAAAAUGGCAAGAGGGCUUCGAUGAAAAAGAACCGUAAAAACACUGGCAAUGCACGUCCGCGUCGUCCAACUCCAUCACAACCCGCGCAACAGCCAGAGCUACCAGAAAACGCCGCCCAUGACCAAAAACCGUCCGCGACAGGUACUGAAGCAGCUGAAGUAAACGGAACGAAGACUGAAGAAGCUUCAAAAGGCCACGCCUCUUCUGGUACGUUCAAAAGACCUGCUCAACACGGGAACAGGAAAAGAUUUAACACGCAAAAUGGUACAUUCAAACCAUACCAACAGUACGUCAUGUACCCACCCAAGCAAACCUUCGAUGCUAUGCAAUCGCCUCAGCGCUCUUUCAACGGCUAUCGCAGCAAGCCGUUUCCCCGCCAUGGGGACGCCUCUUUGGGUUACGGCUCAGGAUCUUCCACGCCCCCACAUCCCUUCAUCGCUGUGAACAACAUCGCGCGUCAGCUAGAGUAUUACUUUAGCGCGGAGAAUCUAAACGAGGACUCGUACUUGCGCUCUCAUUUCACGGCAGAAGGAUAUGCUCCUCUCUCACUUAUUGCCAAGUUUUACCGUGUUGUCAACCUGUCGAUGGGCGGCGACCACGGCCUUAUCCUCGGCGCUCUUCGCGAAAUUGUGGCUAACGAAAAUGCAACCAUUGAUGUUGUAGAGGUCGAGAGCGAUGCUCCAACAACCACGGAAACCAAAAACGAUGAGCAACCUGAGACCGAGGCCGCUGCUCAAGUUGAGUUUCCAUUGGAAAAAUACUACGUUCGCUCCAAACAAUGGCAGAGAUGGACUUCACCAGAAUCGGAUGCAGACGAGAAACCCAAACGCCAAUUGAGCUACAGCAAGAUCCUUUCGGGCGGCGAACUUGAUCAAUACAGAAUUGAGCCGUUGGUUUUCGAGGCGCCCCCAUUUAAUCCAUACAUGCAAGCCGGCGUACCAAUACCAAACCAAGAGCACGAAUCUGAAAACGAGACGUCAGCCAAUGCCGAAGGCACGGAAGAAUCGCUUGGUGAAGACGUAAAUUGA